GGUUGAAGGGUCCUUUCUCGGCAGGGCCCGCCCCUUGAUCCAGUCGGGGCCCGUCGCUCGGAUCCAAACCUUGCUGGCAGCUGGAGUCUGAGCCCACGCGAGCUAAGAUUUAAGAAUGACUUCCCUCUUGACUUACACUUUAAAAUAUCUUCCCAGUACAUCACAAUGGACCCUCAGAUUUUCUAUGAGACCUCUGAGCUGUUCCUCCCAGUUACGAGCUGCCGCAGCUGUCCAGGCGAAAUCGAAGAGAACCUUAGCCAAACCCAACCUGAGGAACAUUGUGGUGGUGGAUGGUGUCCGCACUCCAUUUUUGCUGUCAGGCACUUCAUAUAAAGACCUGAUGCCACAUGAUUUGGCUAGAGCAGCGCUUUCGGGUUUGUUGCAUCGGACCAGCGUCCCAAAGGAUGUUGUUGAUUAUAUCAUCUUCGGCACAGUCAUACAGGAAGUGAAAACAAGCAAUGUGGCUAGAGAGGCUGCCCUUGGAGCUGGCUUCUCUGACAGGACUCCUGCUCACACUGUCACCAUGGCUUGCAUCUCUUCCAACCAAGCCAUGACCACAGCUGUCAACUUGAUUGCUUCCGGCCAGUGUGACGUGGUCGUGGCAGGCGGUGUAGAGUUAAUGUCUGACGUCCCUAUUCGCCACUCAAGGAAAAUGAGGAAGAUGAUGCUGGAUCUCAAUAAGGCCAAGACGCUGGGUCAGCGACUGUCUUUAAUCUCUAAAUUCAGAUUGAAUUUCCUGUCACCCGAGCUUCCAGCAGUGGCCGAGUUCUCCACCAAUGAGACCAUGGGCCACUCUGCAGACCGACUGGCUGCCGCCUUUGCUAUUUCUCGGCUGGAACAGGAUGAGUAUGCAUUGCGCUCACACAGCCUGGCCAAAAAGGCACAGGAUGAAGGACUCCUUUCUGAUGUCGUGCCCUUCAAAGUACCGGGAAAAGAUACAGUUACUCAAGAUAAUGGCAUUCGUCCUUCCUCCUUGGAGCAAAUGGCCAAACUAAAACCUGCAUUCAUCAAGCCCUAUGGUACAGUGACAGCUGCAAAUUCUUCUUUUCUGACCGAUGGUGCAUCUGCAGUGCUGAUUUUGGCAGAGGAAAAAGCUCUGGCCAUGGGUUAUAAACCGAAGGCAUAUUUGAGGGAUUUCGUGUACGUGUCUCAGGAUCCAAAAGAUCAGCUCUUACUUGGACCAACAUAUGCUACUCCAAAAGUUUUAGAAAAGGCAGGAUUAACAAUGAAUGAUAUUGAUGCUUUUGAAUUUCAUGAAGCUUUCUCAGGUCAGAUUUUGGCUAAUUUGAAAGCCAUGGAUUCUGACUGGUUUGCACAAAACUACAUGGGUAGAAAAGCCAAGGUUGGAUCGCCUCCUUUGGAGAAGUUUAACAUCUGGGGUGGAUCACUGUCCCUGGGGCACCCGUUUGGAGCCACUGGCUGUCGGUUGGUCAUGGCAACUGCCAACAGAUUACAGAAGGAAGGAGGCCAGUAUGGGUUAGUUGCCGCCUGUGCAGCUGGAGGGCAGGUAUGUCACAGAAGUUUCAUAGGAGCUUCCAGAAAGUCAUUUUCUUGGAAACAAAACAAAUUCAUCCAAGAAUGUUUGAUUUAGCUUAAUUUGAAACAGUCUUAGAGCGAUUUUUCUGAUGACAGACAACUGGGAAAAAAGCAGCCCAUUUUUGUGGGGAGGGAGUACAACUUUAAUUCUGAUAGUACUUUGAAAGGAAGAAUCUAUUUAAAUCCAAGUUAUUUUUUUCCCCUAAAAUAAUGUUUAUGUUUUUUGUUUAUAAAAGUUAUAUAUGCUCCUUAUGGAAAUUAUGAAAAUACAAAAAGUAUUUAGAAAAUAAAAUUAUAAUCACUUAUAAUCCCCUCAUCAGACACUAUCAUUAUUCACACUUCGAUAUAUUUUCUUCUUUAAUAAUAAAAUUUUAUCCAUUUAUGUAGUCACCAUGGGACGUUAUCCAUAAAAUCUCUCCAAGUCUUUCUUGAGAACUGAACUAUACCUUAAUGGAGAAUUAAUUUGCCUCUGGAUAACCUAUUGCUCUUUAGCUGAGGAAAAUUAUGGUUUUCUACAGUUUUUUUCUAUCUGCUUUACUUGUGUUACUGACGAAACUUCCUACAAAACUUCCUUCUUUUUUUUUUUUCCAACCCUGAUGGAAACAGAUUUGAUUUUUCUCCAGAUAACAGAAACUAUCUGUUGCCGACCAAGAUGAAUAAGAUAUGUAAAAGUAUAAACAUCUUACAUUUAAAAGCCUUUAUUUAUGGCUUUUUCUCAGAGACUUUGAAGAAGCAAAGGAUCAGUUAUUUUUAGGUUGGAAUAUUUUAGACUUCACAAUCAGAAGUAUUUUCUAAUCUGUUGUAACUUCAUUUACAGAAAACCAUGGUAAAUCAGGACUGGAGCCCUCCCUCUUAUCUUUCUAUGCCAAAUUUAAAUGCGGGAGGUAACUAGUGCGUAGCAUUGUACACAGUGCAUAGUCCACAUAGGUUAAUGUCCUUUGGUUUUGAGUGUUUGUUCCCUAAUUUUUUAAUCUAGCACAUAGAGGAUUAAUAACACAAUACUAGGUGCUUUUGUGGAUGAACAAAGAAUAAUAUCCAGUAUUAUUACUUACCUCUAGAAGUUUACAGUAUAGUGAAGAAGGACAUGAUGCAUCUUAGAAACUAGAUUAAACUUGGCAUUGUUUCAUCAAGAGCCAAAUGCGUGCUACAAACAUGAUUAGAUCAAAGGAGGAAUCCAUCAUUGUGGCUCAGGGUUUCUCAGCUCUGGCACUAGUAACAUUUUGGGCCAGAUAAUUCUUUGUUGCGGGUGAGGGGACUGUGCUGUGUGUUGUAGGGUGUUUAACAUGGUCUCUACCCACUAGAUACCAGUAGCAAACCACCCCCCUCACUCCCCCCCACCACCCCCUGCCCCCCUGCCAACACACACAGUUGGGACAACCAGAAAUAUCUCCAGACAUUGCUAAAUGUCCUCUGGGGAGGGGAGGGAGCAAAAUCACUGCCAUUGAGAACCACUGAUCUAGUGCGAUAUAAAAGAUUUGGAACAUGAAAACAACACAGUUGAAAUAAAACAGGAGAAGGAAUAUUCGACCUUAUUAUGGGCCCUUCUAGGACAACCCCAAGCCAGUCAAUCCUUCCCAUCCAUAUUCUUUUGUUUGCUUGUGCCUGUAUCAAGGUAUUUAGCAGUUUGUUUUGAACUACAGUGUAUGUUAGAUUGAGGAUACAGACCGUGUAGCAAAACUUUGUACCCACACGGUGUUCAGCUUGGUGCCUUAUAAAUAAUAGUUUAAUAAAUAUUUGUGGGGAUUGAAUUGAAUCUAGAAGCAGGGAGAUUAGUUAGGCUAUUAACUAGUUCGAUAGCAGUCCAAAAGAUAGAAUGACUAUGAUUAUCAGAUAGGAUUUAGACUCAUGAAAUCAUUAAUUUCUAUACUAGGUUUCAACUAGGGAGAUAACUUGGAUGUAGCACUGUGCCUAGUACUAGGAAAGGGAUCUUCUGCCUUUUUACCUUUGUGGGACCUCAAAUCAUCUUCACCUGCAUAGAGUAGUAAAGAAGAGACCAGGUUUUGGAAUCAUCUGGUUUCAAGUCCUGACCCUGUUACUUAAUAGCUUUGUGGAUUUGGAUGAGUAACUUAACCUCUCAAAGCCUCAGUUUUCUUAUCUAGGAGAGAGAGAAGGCCGUUGUUGGAUUCACUGUAUUGCGUUUAUUUUUAUACAGCUAAAAAAGCCCCUCUGGCUUAUUUUAAUAGUAACCACUUACGGAGCAUCUACUAGGAGUCAGACUCUUCUAGAUAGACUCUGAUACACAUGUGUAUACAUGUAUGUGUGUGUAUACAUACAUUGUAUGCUAUCUAGUGCUCACAAAAACACUUUGAAGUGGGCACCGUGAACCCCAUUUUAGAGAGGAAGUUGAGGUUCAGAAUGGCUAAUAACUUUCCCAAGAUCACACAGUGUUUGAAUGGCAGAGCCAGGAUUAAGUUCCAAAGCCUAUAUUUUUCCCAUUGUUCUAUGCUGCCUCUGUACUGGCUGGAUUCAUUGCAUUUGAUUGCUCUAAUUGAACUUUAUUUUCCU